CCUGCCGCCGAGGAGGAAGAGUCCUCAGAAGAAGAGUCCUCCGACGAAGACUCAUCCGAGGAAGAAUCCGACUCCGACGACUCUGACGAUUCCGACUCGGACUCUGACGACUCCGACGAGGAGCUGACGAAGGCGCAGAAGAUGGCCGCGCAGCGCAAGGCGGAGGCCGCCGCGCGUCGGGCAAAGGCGCACGAGGAGGCGCUCGCGGCGCGCAACAAGGACGACUUGCGGAGUCCGAUUUGCUGUAUCCUGGGGCACGUCGAUACGGGGAAGACGAAGCUGCUGGAUAAGAUCCGGCAGACGAAUGUGCAAGAAGGCGAAGCUGGUGGUAUCACGCAGCAGAUCGGUGCGACGUACUUCCCGGUGGACGCUAUCAAGACGAAGACGGCGGUGUUGAAUAAGGACGGCAGCUUCGAGUACAAGGUGCCCGGAUUGCUCAUCAUCGACACGCCAGGACACGAGUCGUUCACGAACUUGCGGUCGCGUGGCAGCUCUCUUUGCAACAUCGCCAUCUUGGUCGUUGAUAUCAUGCACGGUCUUGAGCCGCAAACGCUCGAGUCGCUUCGUUUGUUGAGGGACAGGAAGACGCCAUUCAUCGUCGCGCUGAACAAGAUCGAUCGUAUGUACGGCUGGCAAGCGACCCCCGACGGCGCCUUCCAGGAAUCACUCGCCAAGCAAUCCCGCGCCGUCCAGCGCGAGUUCGAGGACCGCGUGCAGAAGACCAUCGUCGAGUUCGCCGAGCAGGGCCUGAACGCCGUCCUCUACUACGACAACAAGAACUUCGCGCGCAACGUCUCGCUCGUGCCCACCUCCGCCAUCACGGGCGAGGGCGUGCCCGACAUGAUCAUGCUGCUCAUCCGCCUCACGCAGGAGCGCAUGAGCGACCGGCUGAUGUACCUGUCGGAGCUGGAGUGCACCGUAUUGGAGGUGAAGGUGAUUGAAGGUCUGGGGACGACGAUCGAUGUCGUGUUGAGCAACGGCAUUUUGAGGGAGGGCGACAAGAUCGUGGUGUGCGGAUUGAAUGGGCCAAUUGUGACGCAGAUUCGAGCGUUGUUGACACCGCAGCCGUUGAGGGAGUUGCGCAUCAAGUCGGCCUACGUCCACCAUAAGGAGGUGAAGGCUGCCCUCGGUGUCAAGAUCACCGCACCCGACCUCGACAAGGCAAUCGCCGGUUCCCGCCUGCUCGUCUGCGGCCCCGACGACGACGAGGAUGACUUGCGGGAUGAGGUCAUGUCCGACCUUACCUCCCUCCUCAACAGCAUCGAUAAGUCCGGCCGUGGCGUGUGUGUGCAAGCGUCGACACUUGGUUCACUCGAGGCGCUGCUCGACUUCCUCAAGUCCAGCAAGAUUCCGGUGUCUGGAAUCAAUAUAGGGCCCGUACACAAGCGCGACGUGAUGCGCUCGGCGACGAUGUUGGAGAAGGCGAAAGAGUUGGCGUGUAUCUUGUGCUUCGACGUGCCGGUGGACAAGGAUGCGGAGAGGAUGGCGGAGGAGAUGGGGAUCCGGCUGUUUAAGGCGGACAUCAUCUACCACUUGUUCGACGCCUUCACCGCGUACAACAGCGAGAUCGUCGAGGCGAAGAGGCGAGACGCGGCACCGCAGGCUGUCUGGCCGUGUCGACUGAAGAUCAUUGCCUGCUUCUGUAAACGCGACCCCAUCAUCGUUGGUGUAGAUAUCCUCGACGGUACACUGCGCGUUGGUACGCCUUUGGCUGUUGUCAAGACCGACCCUGCUACCGGGAAGCGCGAGAUCAUCGACCUUGGCAAGAUUACGUCCUUGGAGAUUAACCACAAGAACUUCGAUAUCGUCAAGAAGAGUCAGGCUGGUGGUGGUGUUGCCGUCAAGAUCGAGCACGCCGUGUACCAGUCCGCGAAGAUGUUCGGUCGCCAUUUCGACGAGAAGGAUGAACUUCUGAGCCACAUCACCCGGUCUAGCAUUGACGUGCUGAAGAAUAACUUCAAGGCUGACGUCUCGACCGAGGAAUGGUUGUUGAUCAAGGCACUGAAGCCGAUGUCCCCCUCCUCCUCCGUCAAAAGCGGCAUUGACAAAGACCCGGCUUCCGACGCCGAGGUCGUCCGCACUGUCGACCAAGAUGAACUCCAGCUGCAAAAUUUAGGGUACAAGCAGCAACUGCACCGGACCUGGCACCUUAUUGAGAGCUUUGCGGCAAGCUUCUGCUCGCUGAACUUCAUCGGAGGUGUUCGCGGUGCCCUCUUCCUGGGUCUUCUCGCAGGCGGACCUGCGGCCGUCUGGUCCACCUACAUUAUCGCCAUCGUGUGCAUGACCAUCACCGCCGCCGUCCUUGCUGAGAUCUGCUCUGCUCUCCCUCUCAGUGGUUCGAUCUACAUCUGGGCGGCUGAGAGCGCCGGUCCGAAAUACGCGCGCUUCUUCGGUUUCGUCGUCGCUUGGUGGUCGACCACGGCAUGGAUGACUUUUGUGGCCAGCAACUGCCAGGGUACCGCCAACUACAUCUUGUCCCUCCUUGUCGUCUAUGAGGUGGACUAUCCGGGUGGCAUGGACUAUGCGAACCCCAGGUGGCGCGCACUUAUUUGGAUCGUUUCGGAAGGCCUGCUUUUGAUCUCCAUCGCUAUCAACUACCUCCCGCCGCGCCUCUACUCGGCCGUCUUCAAGUUCAGCGCCUUGCUGAUGAUGGUUGACUUUUUGCUUUGCGUCAUCUGGCUGCCCAUCGGCGUCUCGAGGACGUACGGCUUCCGGUCUGCGGAGGAUGUGUUUACGCAAGUUUAUAACGGGACUGGCGCGCCGUCUGGGUGGAACUGGAUCCUGUGCUUCCUCUUCACGGGUGGUACGCUCACGGGCUUUGACGCGUCCGGCCACAUUGCCGAAGAGACCAAGAACGCAAGCGUCGUCGCCGGCAAGGGCAUUCUGUACAGCUGCAUCGCCACUGGCAUCCUGGGUUUCGUCACGACUAUCCUCUUCCUCUUUUGCACGCCCGACCUCGACACGCUCUUCGCGCUCGCCGCCCCGCAGCCCUUCGUCGAGAUCUACGCCAUGGCCCUCGGCCGCGGCGGCGCGACCUUCAUGACCAUCCUCGCCGUCAUCGGCCUCAUCCUCAACACCAGCAUCGCCAUCGUCGCCGCCUCGCGCCUCGUCUUCGCCGUCGCGCGCGACGGCGUGCUGCCGAUGUCGAAGACGAUCGGGAGCGUCAACGAGGCCGGACAACCGAAGAACGCGGUGACGGUGAUGUACAUCUUCGGCGCGCUGCUGCUGUGCGUGAUCCUGCCGAGCCAGGUCGCGUUCACGAGCUUGGUGUCGGCGGGGGCGAUCCCGACGAUUGCGGCGUAUGCGCUGAUCGCGGUGCUGCGCCUGACGAUGACGCCGAAUGCGUUCCAGAACUCGUACUUCAACCUGGGGAGGUGGUCGAAGCCAUUCUACCUGAUCGCGUUUGUGUUCAACUGCAUCCUGUUCUCGGUCGACAUUUCGCCCUUCUACUUCCCCGUCACGGACGCCGAGUCGUUCAACUUCGCCUGCGUCAUCUUCGGUGCUGUCACCAUAUUCGGCAUCCUCAGCUGGUACUUCAUCCCCGAGCACAAGUGGCUGCGCCGGGAGGCCGUCAUCAAGGCAAUGGCCGAGGCGGAUGCUGCUAGGGAGGACGAGCAGUGAGCGAGUAAAUGAAGGACAAGUUGUGCAUGUCAGGCGUUAUUUUCUUACUUUUCAAGACGGGGUGGGCGAG